AUGGCCAGUAAAUAUCAUGUUAGAUCAAUCAGUUUGCCUUCAAGGUCACAUCCUAGCACCAUCAAAAUUGAAGAAGAGUUGAGCAAGCUCAAGACAUUGGAGGAGUCAUCAAGAUUGUUGUUAACAUCAGGGUCAAUUUGCAAGAGUCUUUCAGGACUUGAAGAGUUGUACAUGUGCUUGGAUGAUCUUCUUAAUAUGGCAUCAAGCCAACAAGUUCUGUCUCAGAAUCAACAUGAAAAGUGUAUUGAUGAAUUGUUGGAAGGAUCUGUAAAGCUCCUGGAUAUUUGUGGCAUCACAAGAGAUACCUUGUUGCAAAUUAAGGAACAUGAUCAAGCUCUUCACUCAGCCAUUCGAAGGCGAAAGGGGGAUUCAAGUGUUGAAAACAGCAUUGCUAGCUUCAUUUGUUUCCGGAAGAAGAUGAAGAAGGAUGCCAAGAAAAUGAUUGUGACACUGAAGCAAAUGGAUAACAAUCUCGGCGUAUCACCACUCCUGGAACAAGAUCAGCACCUCUCAGCUGUGAUUCGAGUUCUUAGAGAAGUUAAUGCAACAAGCAGCUCCAUCUUUCAGUCUCUCUUGUUAUUCUUUUCAGGACCAGGGUCAAAGCAAAAGCUAAACAGGUGGUCACUGGUCUCAAAAUUGAUGAACAAGAGAGUAACAGCAUGUGAAGAGAAGCAAGAGAUUGUGAAUGAGUUGGAAAGUGUGGAUUCUGCAUUGUGCGGCCGUGAUAUUGAGAAGAUGCAAAAUAUGCAUGAAAGAUUAAAGGCUGCAGAGGCCAGCAUUGAAGGCCUUGAGAAAGGUUUGGAGAGCAUGUUCAGGUGCUUGAUCAGAUCAAGAACCUCCCUCUUGAACAUAAUCUCCCAAUAG